GCUAGGGCUGGCAGUUGGCAGGGUCAGGAGCACGUCGCAGCCCCCAUCCUCGCCUGCACCCCCAAAGCCUGGAGAGACAACCUGCUGCAUAGUUGACCUGUGGAAUCAGAGACUCCUACCGUUCGCUCCUCUGAUCCAGAAUGUUUCCUGAAUAGCAUGAUGAGGACCCAGGUUUGAGUCCCUGCUUGUCACCAACUUACUGAGUGACCUGGGCUGGUCACAUCCCCUCUUGGAAUCUCAGUCUUCCAUCUCUACCCUGGAGGGGUUGAGCCAAUGAUGUGUAAGGAUGUUUCUUGCUCUGAAACUGUAAUUUGAAUUCUAGAUGUCCACAUCAAUUUCGAGAAGCUUGGUCGGGACGAGGGGAUCUGAAAUGACAAUUGCUCUGGACCAGGCUUUUGCUCAGCCUCCCUCAUCCUGGCCUGGGACUUAGGCGUGGCCCCCACGCUCCCCAGACGUGGCUCACUUUGCAUCUGCUCUUCUCCCCGCCCCCCACACACCCUCUCACCCAAGGAGAUCUCACUUCCAUAGCAAAUCCGGGAGGAACCGCGGAGCCAGGCCCCUUGCCCCAGACCCAGAAGCAGCCAUGGGAGCCUGUGCCGUCGUGACUGAUGCCAACAUCUCCUCUGGCCUUGGGAGCAACACCACGGGCAUCACAUUCUUCUCCAUGCCCGGCUGGCAGCUGGCAUUGUGGGCCACAGCCUACCUGGCCCUGGUGCUGGUGGCCGUGACAGGCAACGCCACAGUCAUCUGGAUCAUCCUGGCCCAUAAGAGGAUGCGCACGGUUACCAACUACUUCAUCGUCAACCUGGCCCUGGCCGACCUCUGCAUGGCUGCCUUCAACGCUGCCUUCAACUUUGUCUAUGCCAGCCACAACAUCUGGUACUUCGGCCGUGCCUUCUGCUACUUCCAGAACCUCUUCCCCAUCACAGCCAUGUUUGUUAGCAUCUACUCCAUGACAGCCAUCGCUGCCGACAGGUACAUGGCCAUCGUCCACCCCUUCCAGCCACGGCUCUCAGCCCCUGGCACCAAAGCGGUUAUCGCUGGCAUCUGGCUGGUGGCCUUGGCCCUGGCCUUCCCCCAGUGCUUCUACUCUACCAUCACCAUGGACCAGGGCGCAACCAAGUGUGUGGUGGCCUGGCCCGAAGACAGCCGGGGCAAGACGCUCCUUGUGUACCACCUCGUGGUGAUCGCCCUCAUCUAUUUCCUGCCCCUCGUGGUGAUGUUCGUCUCCUACAGCGUCAUCGGCCUCACGCUCUGGAGGCGCGCGGUCCCCGGACACCAGGCGCACGGUGCCAACCUGCGCCACCUGCAGGCCAAGAAGAAGUUUGUGAAGACCAUGGUGCUGGUGGUGGUGACAUUUGCCGUCUGCUGGCUGCCCUACCACCUCUACUUCAUCCUGGGCAACUUCCAGGAGGACAUCUACUACCACAAGUUCAUCCAGCAGGUCUACCUGGCACUCUUCUGGCUGGCCAUGAGCUCUACCAUGUACAAUCCCAUCAUCUACUGCUGCCUCAACCACAGGUUUCGCUCUGGAUUCCGGCUUGCUUUCCGUUGCUGCCCAUGGGUCACGCCAACCAAGGAAGAUAAGCUUGAGCUGAUCCACACUCCAUCCCUCUCCAUGAGGGUCAACAGGUGUCACACCAAAGAGGUUUUGCUUACGGCUGGGGAUGUGGCUCCCUCUGAAGCUACCAAUGGACAGGCUGGGGGUCCCCAAGACGGGGUGCCUAGUGAACCCUAA